AUGCUCAUUAAAAAAAAGUUGCGAAAACUGAUGGAAAUAAAUUGCGUAAGAGGCGGUGAAAAAUGUAUAAUAAUUAUGCGGGGAUGCAGAGACCUGUGAUUAAAAAGAUUUGGUAGAAUUAAUGGCUAACGUUUGACGCAGCUUUACGCUACGCUACGUUGCUUUCAUAAUUUGGCCCUUUUAUUUUCCCUCCAAAGGACUCGAACCCGGGUCGAUCAAUUACAAAAUGCCUGCGGAAAGCAUUUGAGAUCCGUGUCAAGCUCGUCAGAUCUGCUAGUGGAGCUGGAGUGGAAGGGGGGAAACACAGGCCGAGUGAAGCUUUGUGGUUGAUUUUCUGUUUGAAUUCAGUUCGUGUUUUGGCAGCUGGAUUCGAACCCUGGGCGAUUUGUGUGUGUUCUUGUUUUCUUUUCUUGCGCUUGUUUUGAGAGUGCGGCGGGGGAUUCGACCCCGCGGGGAUCGGAAUGAUGGUGGACACACCGCCUGCGGGUGUGCAGUACGUUAGGACGAGGCGGCAGUCUUUGAGCUCCAGCGAUAUGACGCCUUUGCACUCUAGGGCUGUGGCUGGUGCUCCUAAUGGCGAGGACUACGACAGCGAUGCCACUGAUUAUGUUCAAACACCGAGGACACUGUCAAUGUCUUUGUUGCCAGAGUUGGCAGGAGCUAUCCCUGUUCUGGAAAGGUUUCAGGUUGAAGGAUUCAUUAGAUCCAUGCAGAAGCAAAUGCAGUCUGGAGGAAAACGUGGUUUUUUUUCAAAGAAGUCCGUAGCCCCACAGGGGCGAGAGAAAUUCACUUUAGAGGACAUGCUUUGCUUCCAAAAAGAACCUAUUCCAACAUCAUUAUUAAGAAUCAAUAGCGACCUUAUUAGUCGUGCAGUGAAAUUGUUCCAAGUUGUUCUGAAGUAUAUGGAGGUUGAUGCAUCUGAUAGAGCAAAUCCUUUAAGCAUGCAAGAUCAGAUAGAACUUGCCACAAAACUCUAUAAACAUACGUUGAAACGUGCUGAGCUUCGAGAUGAGCUUUUUGCUCAGAUAUCGAAACAAACCCGCAAUAAUCCUGACAGGCUUUAUUUGUUAAAGGCAUGGGAACUUAUGUACUUAUGUACUUCUGCAAUGCCCCCUGGAAAAGAUAUUGGAGCAUACUUGUCCGAGUAUGUGCACGAUGUUGCCACUGCUCCUAGUACUGACCCCGAAGUCCAUGCCCUGGCUAUGAAUACAUGGAAUGCUUUGAAGCGAUCUGUCAAGGCUGGGCCAAGGCGAACUAUACCUGCACGUGAAGAGAUAGAAGCUCUAUUGACAGGCAAAAAGCUAACAACAAUCGUCUAUUUUCUGGAUGACACAUUUGAAGAAAUCACAUUUGAUAUGACAACUACUGUCACCGAUGCUGUUGAGGAACUUGCAGGAAUAAUAAAACUCUCUGCCUAUAAUACAUUCAGUCUAUUUGAGUGCCGAAAAGUUGUUACUGGUUCUAAAUCACUUGAUCAUGGAAAUGAAGAAUACGUAGGUUUGGAUGACAACAAAUAUAUAGGGGACCUUCUUGCUGAGUUUAAAGCUGCCAAAGACCGUAGCAAGGGUGAAAUAUUGCAUUGCAAGUUGUCAUUCAAAAAGCGACUUUUUCGGGAGUCUGAUGAUGCAAUAACAGAACCUAUGUUUGUGCAGUUGUCAUAUGUUCAGCUGCAACAUGACUAUAUCUUGGGGAAUUAUCCUGUUGCGAGGGAGGAUGCAGCACAGCUGGCUGCAUUACAAAUUCUUGCUGAAAUUGGAUUUGUUAGUAAUCCAGACUCAAGCACUGAAUGGGCUGCACUCUUAGAUAGAUAUUUACCCAGACAAAUUGCUGUGACACGAGGAAAGCGUGAUUGGGAGACGGAUAUUCUUAGUCGUUACGAGUCCAUGGAACAUCUGUCCAAGGAUGAUUCGAGACAGCAGCUUCUACGUAUUUUAAGAUCACUUCCUUAUGGGAACUCUGUCUUUUUCAGUGUUCGGAAAAUUGAAGAUCCUAUAGGACUUCUACCAGGACGGAUCAUUUUGGGCAUUAAUAAGCGUGGGGUUCAUUUCUUUCGUCCAGUUCCAAAGGAAUAUCUACAUUCUGCUGAAUUGAGAGAUAUUAUGCAGUUUGGUAGUAGUAACACAGCAGUAUUUUUCAAGAUGCGAGUUGCAGGAGUACUUCACAUAUUUCAGUUUGAAACUAAGCAGGGGGAAGAGAUAUGUGUGGCUCUUCAGACACACAUAAAUGAUGUGAUGUUGCGGAGAUACUCGAAGACACGCUCUGUUGCCAAUGGUUCUGUGCAAGGGGAUUUAACACAGAAUAUAAAGCCUCCUGGCCUUGAAAUAUAUGAAAAGCGUGUACAAGAGAUGUCAAAAAUUAUAGAAGAAACCCAAAGCAAGACAGAUCAGCUUUUGGAAGAGCUUCGUGGAAAGGAAAAAAGAGAGAUGGAACUCCAAGAUGAACUAGAGGGCCUAAAAGAUUCCUUACAAUCAGAGAGGCGAGCGCUAUCUGAUGUUGUUCUAGACCGUGACAAGUACAGAGCACUAUUUUCUGAAAAAGAGUCUGCUCUGCAGAUGGCAAUUUCAAGUAGAAAUUCUGAGCGUGAUGGAAAUGAUUUAGAGAAUACUCCUAGAAAUGAUUCUCGAGUCUUAUCUGGAAAAAGAGACAGAGAUCUUCCUUUCAGUGAUAAAGGGAGAGCUCCGCAAAACGAAAACCUUGAUUUACAGGCACAAAUAAAGGAACUACGUCAAGAACUGAAAGCUCAGGCAGACGUCCUUCAUUCAACUGAAGAGCUAUGCAAGAAACUGUCCAAUGAAAAGCAGUUACUUGAGCAAAAAGUUUUCCGUCUUGAAAAGAAAAAAACAAGCGAGGCACAGAGCUUAGAGAAGAACUUUGAACGAGAACGUGAUACACUUAGGGCACGAGUUGCUGAAUUAGAAAAAACACUUACAGAGAGGACACAAGAAUUGAGUGUUGCAGAGUCUACAUUAGCAAUGAGAACUUCUGAAUUGGAUGCAUUGCAAGGCAGCUUAAAGGAGCUAGAUGAUUUACGGGAAAUGAAAGAGGAUAUUGAUAGGAAGAAUGAACAAACUGCUGCAAUUCUGAAGAAACAAGCAAACCAGUUGGUUGAGAUUGAAGCUCUUUACAAGUCAGAGCAAGUACUUAGAAAGAGAUAUUUCAACAUGAUGGAAGAUAUGAAAGGCAAGAUAAGAGUUUAUUGUCGCUGGCGGCCACUAAGCGAGAAAGAAAUGUUAGAGAAACAGAGAAAUGUUAUCGUGGCUCCAGAUGAGUUUACGGUAGAGCACCCAUGGAAGGAUGACAAGCCAAAGCAACAUCAGUUUGACCAUGUUUUUGAUGGUAAUGCCACCCAAGAAGUAGUUUUUGAGGAUACAAGGUACUUGGUACAAUCUGCUGUUGAUGGAUAUAAUGUUUGCAUAUUUGCAUAUGGGCAAACUGGUUCGGGUAAAACCUUCACUGUUUAUGGUUCAGAUAGAAAUCCAGGUCUUACUCCAAGGGCAACUGGGGAGCUCUUUAAAAUUCUGAGACGCGACAGUAACAAGUUCUCCUUCUCAUUAAAGGCAUAUAUGGUGGAGUUGUAUCAGGACACACUAGUAGAUCUACUUUUGCCAAAAAAUGCAAAGCGAAUGAAACUUGAAAUUAAGAAAGACAUGAAGGGGAUGGUAAUGGUGGAGAAUAUUACUGUUGUAUCUAUAUCUACAAAUGAAGAGCUUGAAGCUAUUGUGUCUAAAGGGAUAGAAAGGCGACAUACGUCUGGAACUCAGAUGAAUACAGAAAGUUCAAGAUCACACUUAAUACUUUCUAUCAUAAUAGAGAGCACAAAUCUUCAAACUCAAGUCCAAGUCAAAGGAAAGCUAAGUUUUGUUGAUCUUGCUGGAUCUGAGAGGGUAAAGAAGUCAGGAUCAACUGGGAAUCAACUGAAAGAGGCUCAAAGUAUAAACAAGUCUCUUUCAGCUCUGGGUGAUGUGAUUAGUGCACUGGCUUCUGAAGGGCAACAUAUACCAUACAGGAAUCACAAGCUGACCAUGCUUAUGAGUGAUUCGCUUGGUGGAAAUGCAAAGACCUUGAUGUUUGUAAACAUAUCUCCAGCAGAAUCUAAUUUGGAUGAGACCCAUAAUUCACUUACCUAUGCGACCCGAGUACGUUCAAUUAUAAAUGAUGCAAGCAAAAAUGUCACCCCCAAAGAAGUUGCCAGACUGAAGAAACUGGUAACUUACUGGAAGGAGCAGGCAGGUAAAAGGGUAGAUGAAGAGGAACUAGAAGAUAUUACUGAGGAGCGUGGUACCAGAGAUAAGAAUGAUGGACGUCUGUAGAUAUAUCAUAAACUUUUAGAGAGAUUUCUUUGGUUCUCCCUUAGAAAGGCCAUCUCAGUUCUGCCAUGUGGUAAUUAUGAAUUGGUCUAUUCCGAUUUUACAUCAUUCUAUGCAUCUUGGGAGAGAAAAGGCGGGACAUUGGUAUCUGUUGCAUUCUUUUUAUCUGAAUGUGCGUCAAGAAAUCAUUCAUCUUCUCCACAGGAAGUGCAAUCAAGUACUUGUACAAUCUGCUGCUGCCUUUCUGUAUGCUCACAGUUGGUUGAUUCAGUUGUAAUUGGUCUUAGAAAGAUCCUAUUAAGGAAAAUCUUGAAGUGUAGGAGAAAGGACAAUAAGAAAAGCUCUAUUUUGUUUGAAAUCCAAUGUCAUUACAGUGUGACAUGAAGCAUGGCCUUGCAUGAGUGCCUGCAUAUUUAUAUGUUUUAGACACAAAAUUUGAUGCUGCAGUGACAUGAAUCUAAUGUACAGUGUUGAUGUACUACUUGUGAUUCCAGUCUGCUGAAUUGUAUACACUAAAAUACCAACUAUUUAUGAAGGCUCUCCAAUUCUUUAUAAUUAGGAGCUGCUCAUGCGCAUAUUGAAAGUGGACUUUUUCCAUCAAAUGGAAAACAGUUGCAAACGUGAAGCUCUUUAGUCCUUUUGCGAAGGAUUUUAUAUUUAUGCCAGUAAAUGACAAAUAUAUUUACAACU